UUUUCAUUAAUAUUUUAGUCGACAAUUUCACCAAAAAAAAAUUUUUAGUUAAGAUGUUUUUACUAAAAAUUAGAGUUUUUAAUAAGAAAUUAUUUCGCGGAAAAAAAAAUAAUAAGAAAUUAUUUCAUUUUUUUAAUAUGUAUUUUGAUAUUUUAAAACGCUUAAUUUUUAUAGCGCUAUUGUAGACGGUUGGGGAUAUUUCAGUAUCAAAUUUUUAAUUGAAAUGUUUUUGUCGCAAUUUUUUGUUGAUGGGUUUUAUUAAAAAUAACAGAAAAUAUUUUUUUAUUCAAAACUGUAGUAAAUUUAUUUAUAUACGAGGGAGAGGCAUUCGGCGAACUCAAAAGGGAAAAAAGGAAAACAGAGGAAAAACAAUGGCAGGGAGAAUAAGCUGUUGUCUGAAUCUUCCUCUCCUAGAUUCCAACUCUGCGCAAUCAUCUUCUCAACGACUCAAGACAACGUCACAGAUCUCUCGGAGGAGAACAGAGGAUGAAACCGAGCCACGGAAGAACAAGUGUUCCCUUCCCAUGGCCUUGGCAGCGACUGUUGUGAUCGGCGCUAUUCAGAUCAGUAACGUGCCGUUGGUGGAAGCGGCAGUUGUAAAACCGACGGUGAUCAAAGAGACGGCGCCGCGGAGGUGGAGUGACAAGAGGGCUUGUCCGCCUUGGCUUCAGAACUCACUCGAGACCAUCGUACCAGAGAAUCUUCCUCGUCCGUCGAGUCAUCGGCGUUUGGAGUUAGCCGGACUUGGUAAGCGUGACGCACCGCCGGUCGGUGCGGUGGUGACACGCGCCAGUAAGGCUGCUUGUUUCUCCAUGUAAAUUGGAAGUUUAUUACGUGUACGCGAAAGUGUUAGGCACGUGUAAAAAGUGGUUAGAUACAAACUGUAAUACACACGAAAACUUUUGUCAAUAAAUAAAAGUCUUAUUUGCAUAUUA